UUCGGGUCAAGUCGGAGCUCCGAAAAGAGUACCCAUUUCGUGUUCCGAACCCUACCAAAACCCUUCUCUGAGAAUAAACCAUCAUCUUCGACAAAAGCUUAACUUCAAUGGCGAAAUCAUAUGCAGCCGGUUUAUUCUCGGCCAUAACCGCCACCACAGCCACUGCCGCAGCUCGCUCAUCUCAAACUACUUUCUCCGAUGGCGUCAUUCCUUCUUCUUCAAAUGCUUCCGAACCAUCUCCCAAAGUUCAAAACAAUCAUCCAAGGACUACAUCUUCUGGAUUUGAUCAUGAAGCUCUCGUGAGAGGUGUUAAAGCUCUCAAGGAAAUUGCUGCUUCACCGAAUCCCAAAAAGAUAUUUGAAAUAUUGAUGAAACAAGAGGAGACUAAGCAAGCUGAAUUUAGGUCUAAGGUUGCUGAGUUUCAUCAAAUGAAAGCACAACAAGAGACUGAAAAACAAAGGAUUAUAUAUGAUGAAGAGAAAAAGCUUGCCCAGCAUCAGGCACAAACAAAAUCCCAGAUGGCUAAGUAUGAGGAUGAGUUGGCAAGGAAGAGGAUGCAGGCAGAAAAUGAGCAACAUAGAGUAAGGAACCAAGAGCUUGUAAAAAUGCAAGAAGACUCGUCAAUCAGACUGGAGCAAGCUCGACGCGCAACAGAAGAACAGAUUCAAGCACAACGAAGGCAAACUGAAAAGGAGAAAGCUGAGAUUGAACGUGAAACAAUCAGAAUAAGUGAAAUGGCAGGAGCAGAAGCGAGAGCACAUGAAGCAAAGCUAUCUGAAGAGGUUAACAGACGAAUACUAAUUGAGCGCGGUGAUGCAGAGCGAGAAAAAUGGAUUUCUAUCAUAAAUACCACCUUUGACCAUGUUGGAGAGGGCUUUAGAACCAUUCUAACAGAUCGAAAUAAGUUGGUUGUAGCAGUUGGUGGCGUGACUGCUCUGGCAGCAGGGGUCUACACAACAAGGGAAGGUGCACGGGUUAUUUGGGGGUAUGUUGAUAGAAUAUUGGGACAACCAUCAUUGAUACGAGAGUCCUCCAGAGGGAAAUAUCCCUGGUCUGGCGCGUUUUCUCGAGCCAAGAGCACCCUUUCUCGAAGGGCUGAUCCAGAUUCUGCUUCGAAAAAUGGAAAAGGUUUUGGUGAUGUAAUUUUGCAUCCUUCUCUUAAUAAAAGAAUUGAGCAACUGGCAUAUGCAACUGCAAACACAAAAGCACACCAGGCACCGUUCAGAAACAUGCUUUUUUAUGGCCCUCCAGGAACAGGAAAGACAAUGGCUGCCAGAGAGUUGGCUCAUAAAUCGGGAUUGGACUAUGCAUUGAUGACUGGGGGAGAUGUUGCUCCACUGGGAUCCCAGGCUGUAACAAAGAUACACCAGUUGUUUGAUUGGGCCAAGAAGUCAAAUAGAGGUUUACUGCUUUUCAUUGAUGAAGCUGAUGCAUUUCUAUGCGAGCGGAACAAGACGUAUAUGAGUGAAGCACAGAGAAGUGCACUAAAUGCUCUUCUCUUUCGUACCGGUGACCAGUCUAAAGACAUAGUCCUUGCCCUUGCAACAAAUCGUCCCGGUGACCUUGAUUCAGCUGUGGCAGACCGUAUUGACGAGGUCCUAGAAUUUCCCUUGCCCGGGGAAGAAGAGCGUUUUAAACUUCUCAAGCUCUACCUAGACAAGUACAUAGCUCAAGCUGGAUCAAGAAAAUCUGGUUUACUAUCUUUCAAAGCAAACCCACAAAAGAUUGAGAUUAAAGGAUUGACCGAUGAUAUCAUAAAGGAAGCCGCAGCUAAAACCGACGGAUUUUCCGGAAGAGAAAUAGCCAAACUGAUGGCAAGUGUCCAAGCUGCCGUAUAUGGAAGCGAUAACUGUGUUCUUGACUCAAGCUUGUUCCGCGAAGUGGUAGAUUACAAAGUUGCUGAACACCAACAGAGAAUAAAGUUGGCAGGUUCUGAUAAAAACUAGUUAGUGCAUGAAUGAGGAUAUAUGUUCAUAGAGAGGUUCUAUCAGCAAUCUUCUAAUGUGUAGGGCUGGUCUAUUCUGAGCAUGCUUUUUAUUCACCGUUUGUCCCUAAUUGAUGGGAAGAUUUUGGAAUCAAAUUAUAGUGAAAUCUUAUUUUAGGCUGAUAAUCACUAUUCAAUAUUGAUUUGUGACUAUAUGUAACAAAUGAUUCAGGUUUUGCUAGCUAUCAAGUUUAACAUUCUUUUUC